GAAUCUGGCUCUUAUUUCUCCCAUGAAACACGAAUAGUUCUCCACGGCACUCGUUAAUCUUCAUCCAAUUCCACAUUCCUUUCACUGUCAACACCAACAAGCGCUAAUUCUAGAUAUAAGUUUACAAAUGAUGCCCACCAUCAUUCAAGCGAGCUUUCUGCUCAUCCUCUUCAUAGUUGGUUUUUCUCAUCAAGCUCAUGGUUCUGUCAAAGUGUCAGCCCAGCCCCCGAAGAAGACAGAUCCAGUGACUUCAGGCCCGAUUUCUCUUACUGACAACCACGUUUCGACUUAUUUUGGCUGGUCUACUUGGAGCUUGCAAGCUUACAAAGGCAAGGGUUAUGGAUACGACUGGUUAACGGAAACUAAUAUCAAAGCGCACGCUGAUAUAUUGUCUAAGGAGUUUUCUCACCUGGGCUACACUCGGAUUAACUUGGACUCCGGCUGGCAAGAUGCUCAACUCGACAAAUACGGCAGAACAGUACUGAACCAUACGACUUUUCCUGGCGGAAUCGAUCAUUUAUCGGCAUAUCUAGCUCAGAAGAAGCUCAAACUGGGUCUUUACUACCUGCCAGGCAUUGAUUCUAGAGCGGUCAAUAGCAAGUCCGUGGUUAUGAACACGAAGUACACCGCUGAUCAGAUCAUACAAUGUCCUAAUAAAGACGCUUUAGGAUGUAAUCGGAACACCGUGAACGCAUUCAACGCUGGUAUGGCAUUAAACUACAGUCACCCAGGUGCCCAGAUGUACAUCAAUAGUAUCGUCGAGGGCCUCUACAGCUGGGGCGUUAGCUUUGUGAAACUGGACGGGAUCGUGCCUGGUUCCUCAGUUGACCCACCUGAAUACUGGAAAUACAAUGUCACAGCCGAUCUGAUGGCCUGGAGAAGGGCGAUCGAUGAGUUGUACGAGCAAAAGUGGCAGAAACAAGGCCGGGAACGAAUUUGGCUAGGCGCGAGUUGGAAAAUCCCGACAAAUGCUGGUUCGACUAUGGAAAAAUACAUGAACAGCUUUCGAGUUGAACAGGAUAUUGAGGCCUACAGCGAAACCCAAAUGACGACGUUUGACCGGGUCAUCCGUAAUGCUAAGACAGCUGCACUCUGGUCCUCUGUCGAUGCGAAUCGCAAAUGGAAAGGAGCGAGGGAUCUCGACUCCAUUCUGAUAAGCGACAUGUCGUUAGCCGAAUGCAAGACGAUGGUUACUAUCUGGGCAAUGUUUGGCUCGAUAAUCUAUCUGGGAGACGAUCUAACAAAGUUACCAGAAGCUAGAAAGGCCUUAGUAAAGAAUCCCGAAGUGCUAAAACUCGCCAUUUUAGCGUCCACGAACCAAGCCAGAUUGGACGGAUUCGAUCCCAGCGUGCAGCCCGCGCAAACAGCCAACUUGCAAUCGUUGAACCAGCUUGAGGCCAAAGAUACCACAGCAGUUCACCAAAAGUCUGCUCAGGAAUGUGGAGAACUGGCCGAAAAACGCCGAAUCGUAGUUGAGUAUGGCACGCAUCAAAAAGUCGAUAACUCCGAUGAUUUCCAAAAAUCUUGCUUGAAAUCUCGAGCAAGUGAGAAGUUGAUGAGCCUUCAAGCACUCUCGGCCGGUGAGGGUGUCAAACCGGAUCAAUGGAGCCUCCAAUCUUGGGUCUUAGAGCAGGGUCAGGGCGAUAUCUAUGUGGCAGUUAUCAAUGCUGGUCAACAGAACUCAAGUGAUAAACCAGUCAAAGUGGAUAUCAGCUUGAACAAACUCCAAACCCUUCAAAAGAGCCCAAGAAUCAAGCAAAUGACCGGAAUGCGAUACUCGGUGAGAGACUUGUGGAACCAGAAAGAUUUGAGCAGCAUUUCUUUCCAAGACAAAAUCGAUUCUACUCUGGAGACUCAUGGCUCAAUCUUAUUGAAGUUUAGUCCAAUCCAAACCCCCACUACAAGCCAAUGAGAAUUUUGAGCCGCACAUUUCAUUCUUUAAAUAAUAUAAUGGCCACUGGACCUUUGGUUCUCUAUUCCUGUCUUUUUCUUGGCACGGGGAAGCAGCAAUUUGAGGAGUUUGUUUUGAUCUCUUGGACUGUGUUUCUUGUUUGUAAUUUCUUACCAGUCAAUCAUGCUUCAUUUCUUGUCAGGAUGUCAAGAAAGUUCCAUGUAACAUGUUUUCAUAAAAUUUAAAGAGAAGCAUACAAUUUCCCCCAACAAAACUUUACUAUCU